AAUUUUCCGGCUUAAGCCCACUUCAAGAAAAGUCCACUAAAAAGCCCAUAAGUACUACAGCCGACAUCAGCAGACAGCAAGCCACGUCGAUCUCGAGGAACCGCGUAAUUGACGUGUCGGUAUCACACGAGCCACAGUGCACUAGAUAGCUCCAUAAAAGCAGACACAUCUCACAAAGAACCUAAACAACUUUAAUAGACAACAAAAAAAAAAAAGAAACGAACCAAAAAAAAAGAAUGGAGGCCGGGAAAACACCACCGACGACGACAACGACGGAGAAGAAAACGGAGCAAGUGAAAGACAACGACUUACCAACCAAUAGCCCUUACAUGGCCACAGGUACUUUGGAAGAUUACAAACUGAAAGCUUAUGGAGCCGAAGGUCACCAAGAACCUACGCCUGGUCUUGGAGGUGGCUCCACCGAUGGUCCUACUCCUUCUGGCGACAAACCCGCCGCCACCACCACCGGUCCCAAAGCUCCGUGAAAAACGAAAGACUAUAAUAAUAAUGAACGGGUUUU